UUAUUCCAGUCCCAUUUAAUCUAAUCUAACAGUAUAACCGGAAGAGACGUUUUAUUUUGACAUGUCUAACCGGAAAUGCCUCGCGGACACAGCUGACUUGACGGCAGACGCUCCUCAAAUCCAACUUUUCCGGAGCGCACAGGCGCACUGUUUACAGCCAAACACGACUGAAUGAAUCUGCGGAGAUUUCACGCUGCGGAUCCUAAAUAUAUUGACAUAUUUCCGCGUUUUAUUUAACGUUCAUCCAAAAACAAAACGAUUUUAGUUGUUUUUUUUUAUUGUGCGUCUGCAGACUUUGAUCCGUCAGAUUUUUUUUUUUGUGGAAAUAUUUGUCGUCGGAGGACAGAAUGUGGGGGAUCCAGAGAUCUCGGUACGCGGACUGUAACGGAUCCGAAGCCAGCGAGGAAGCGGAGAUUGUGGUGAACAUUGGCGGAGUGAAACAGGUGCUCUACGGGGAGGUGUUGAACCGCUACCCGGACACCCGGCUGGCGGAGCUGCUGGACUCCCAAUCCUCCGAAGAAAUCUCAUCUUUGUGUGACGAUUACGACCCGGAGACAGGAGAGUAUUAUUUUGAUAGAGACCCAGAGGCGUUUAAGUGCAUCAUUGAGUUGUAUUAUUAUGGAGAGAUCCACAUGAAAAAGGGGAUUUGUCCUAUUUGCUUCAUGAAGGAGAUGGAAUUUUGGAAAAUCGGUUCGGAUUUCCUGGAUGAAUGCUGCAAAAGCCACCUGAAGGAGGUGGAGGACGAACUUGCAGAGAUUGCAGAGAGAGUGAGAACUAUCCUGGUGGACAGAGAAGGAGAUCCGUCCGCUGGAGGCUGGCAGCGCUUCCAGAUCUCCGUCUGGAGGCUGAUGGAGAAGCCGGAGUCCUCGCUUCCCGCGCACGUUAUUGCAAUAGUUUCUUUCAUUUUCAUCCUCAUCUCCUCCGUGGUGAUGUGCGUGGGGACCAUUCCGGAGCUGCAGGUGCCGGACUCGGAGGGGAACCUCACCGAACACCCAACUUUGGAGGUGAUCGAGACCGUGUGCAUCUGCUGGUUCACUGUUGAAUAUCUGCUGCGCCUGAUCUCCUCUCCAAACCAAAUCAAAUUCUUCUUCUCCUUCAUGAACAUCAUCGACUUCAUGGCCAUCAUGCCUUUCUUCGUGGUGCUGAUCCUGACAUCAAUCGGCGCGGGUGUGAUGGAGCUGGCCAACGUGCAGCAGGCGGUGCAGGCUUUACGCAUAAUGCGCAUUGCGCGCAUUUUUAAGCUGGCUCGACAUUCGUCUGGACUCCAGACCCUCACAUCUGCCCUCAAGAGCAGCUUGAAGGAGCUCGGACUCCUGCUGAUGUACAUGGGCGUUGGGGUGUUUCUCUUCUCCGCUUUGGGCUACACUAUGGAGCAGAACCACCCGGACACGCUGUUCACCAGCAUCCCUCAGUCGUUCUGGUGGGCUGUGAUCACCAUGACCACCGUCGGGUAUGGAGACGUGUACCCCAAAACCACUUUAGGUCGGUGCAACGCCGCCAUCAGCUUUCUAUGUGGAGUCAUCGCCAUCGCGCUGCCCAUACAUCCCAUCAUCAACAAUUUCGUCCUGUUCUACAACAAGCAACAGGUCCUGGACACGGCGGCCAAGCACGAGAUCGAACUGAUGGCGCUGCGCACCGGGGAGCUGGAGGCUCCUCCCGGGGAGCAUAAACACAUCUGCGGCGCAGCGGGGUGGGACGAGUCUACGCGCACCUGUCACAGCGACACCCACAUACCUGUGCUUAAGGAUGGCAGCAGGGGAGGGGCGGGCUUUCAACCCCAAACCAUGGAAACGAGCUUUGACAACACCUCAGCUGAGAGCUCUGACAAUUACCUCUCCUGAAAAGAGAGUCCUCCUCUCCAAAUCAAGUUUGAGGAACUUGUAUAUGUAUAUUAGGGCUGCCACAAACAUCAUUUUAGUAGUCGACUAAUAGAUGAUUAUUUUUUCCAAUUAGUCAACUAAUCGGGUCAUGCAUAAAAUUGAUGUAAAACACACAUCUCAACCAU